AAUUUGGAGAAAAUACUGAGUGGACGAGAAUUGGAUAGUGAUAAGCAUUCAUUUAGAACUUUAAAGACCCAUUAUAGUAGUACUUAUUUCAUGAGAAAGAGGGAAUAGUCGUAUAAAAAUCACGGUAACUGUGGUGAAAACAUUUAGUGCUGAGCUGUUGGUAAAAAGAUGAGACCCUUCGGCCUUAUUGCUGCUUUCGCAGCUAUCCUCAUCACUCAUGGAGGAGCAGCUGAAUUAAAUUCAGCCGAUUCGAUGAUCGAAUUCAUUUCAAACACAAUCGCAAAUAUCGAAGAUUAUAAAACAGAUAGUACGAAUAAUGCUUCUGAGAUUACUAGUAGCGACUACAUUGCCAAGAGAACUAGAGCAUUUGAAGUUACCAGUUCUAGUCUUAUAAAUCCAGUUUUUAAUGACGCCCUCAAGGCCGCUCGAGAGGCGGGAAAAAACGUCGACGAAUGCCUCAAGCACAGUAACAAGGAAUUUGUGGAGCUGCGGGAUAGACACAUAACAGAAUUGCGCUUUUGUGGUAUUGAACAUGCAUCAAAUUAUCGGCGCAUAGAGUCGAAGAUCAACAGCUGGAAGCUGAGAGGAGAGGAGCUUCAAGAGCAGAUCAAAAACAAUUUUCAAUGCAAUGACAAAGAUUGUAAAGAAUGUGAAAUGAAUGACUGCAGUUUACUGAAGGAAGAUGUUGAAUUCUGGAAGGUAGCAGGGGAGAACCUGAAAAAACAUGUGGAUCGCUCGACUGAUGCUAUGAAGAGGAGGACUUUCCGAUGCUUCGACAUAUCAGAACAUCAAUUCCAAAAGGGACACGACACUCAGAACACAAUCACUAAAUAUUGUCUGACUCAACUCGAUUCUGAAGUUGAGGAAUCCUCCACGAUUCCUUACAGCACGAUUCCUUAGAGCAUUAAAUAAAUUAGUUUUAACGAAGUUUUAAACAAAGUAGGAGGAGGUCGGCGAAAGCAUGAUACGAAAGUAUUCGUGUAAUUGACUGAUAACUUGUAAUCGUGAGCUGCUUGGAGCUUCCAUUGUAGUAAGAUAUUCAUCUAGGAAUGCAUGUAAUGUUGGAUGUUGUAACUCAGUCGCCUUGAAGGGAAAUAAAUAUUGUUUGCACAAAAA